UCUCGCCGUCGAAUGGGUAGAGCGAAAGUUAAAGAUUUAUUUCUCCUGCUUAUUUUUUCGUCAUUUUGAAACAUAUUUUUCUCUCUUUUCUCUUCCAAAUCGAAGCUGGAAAGUCGAAACCCUUUCUCCCUCCCAAAUCAAACUCAGCUCCAAAUCUAGCAGGAGAAAUCAUUCAAUUGAAUUUUUCAACGAAACCCUUUCUCCUGUUCUUGCUCCAUCUUCAUCUAACGAGGAAUUACAACAGGUGCUGUAAGUGAGCACAAGCCGAAUGGCUCUGUGCUUAUUGCAACCAGUGGAGGACUAAACCAACAAAGGACGGGGAUCGACCUUCAACUAAGGUUCACGCAGCUCCUGGUGGUGGAUCUUCCCUGGGUUACCUCUUCGGCGGAGGUGGUGGUAGCAACCGAGGUUGGAACGGCUGUUGUUACAUGAGCUGAUGGAAGAUUAACAUUGGGUAGACUUGGAGCACUUUAUGAGCAGAUAAGCUGAAGCUAAAUUUAAGGUCUCAGCAGAAUUUUCUGUACCUUUCACCUGAAGUUAAUGCACAAGUCGUUCCUCCAGUACCCCUUUACCUUUUUCUUCUUCCAAUGUUUUUGGCGCCAUUUUGUGCUUUCUGCUCCCCCGUCUUCUCUUCUUCUGUUGCUUUAGCAUCUUCGUCUCAGCAGAAUUUUCGAAGGUCAGAGAUAAAAUAAUAUGGCGUCUGCUUCAGAUGAAGGUUUGGGUUUUGGAAGUGAAGAUAUCGAUGCGUUGAUUUCAGCUCUUCCAACUGAAGUGGAGCUUUUGAAGCGCGCAUGGAGAAACGAGAAAGCUUCUCCUGAAAUUCUUCAAUUUCAGGACGAUGUAGUAAGAAAUGCCAGAGUCCAAAUUCAAAAUAUGGAACAUACUGUGGAAGCAUAUGCCGGAAAUGGUCAGGAUGCACUCACGGUAUCACUUUAUCAGAUGGACUUGGACAGGACGGAGUUUUUAUUGAGAUCGUAUCUUCGAACUCGCCUUCAAAAGAUCGAGAAGUACAUGAUACACAUUUCGAAAACUGAAUUAUGGAAUCGGCUUUCUAAACCUGAACAAGAGUUUGCGAAAAGAUGUAAGGAAAAUAUGGAAAAUCAUCUGAAGCAAAGUGUUUUAUCACGAUUGCCUUUUGGCUACCAGGAUUUUCUUAAGCAAUCUAUAUCAAGUGAAGAGGAUGAUAUGGUUCCAGAGCCGCAGCUGGACACAUUUGUCUUCUGCAAAAGCAAGGGGUCUGUUGGAUCAUUUCAGCUUGAUGCCGUUGGAGAUGAGGUUGUAGACCUAAUUGCUGAUGAUCUGUAUGUCCUAAGAUACAAGUCAAUAAAGCCACUUGUAGAAACGGGGCAGAUUGACCUUGUUUGACUCCUCUUUCAACUCAUCCCAAGUCGUUAUUCACCACGAUGACUUAACAUAGUGAAAACUCGACAGUAGGCAAGUCACGAUGGAAAAUGUCUUGCAUGAUGGAAGUUCAAGUGUAAUUUGUGCAUUCUUUGUCAUUGCCAAUCAUGUUGUUCAGCGUUGAAAGUGAUCAACAACUCUGUUCAGUUAUUGUUCGUCACCUCAGCUUUUUCUUAGAAACGUUAAUAUAAGUUUCUCGAUGUACCGUACAUCAUUAUACCCUUAAACAUCAUACAAUAUGAGUUUCUUUGCUUCACGUUC